AAGUCAGUGCUCAGCCAUUGUUCGAGCUGUGGACGUCCGCUUCUGCGCUGGUUCUGGUCGCGCGCCGCUCCGGGCUGGCGGCCUGUCGUCAUGACCGGCUCCGCUCCGAAGCUCGGCCUUCUGCUGCUGCUGGCGGUCCUGCUGCAGACGGUGGUGGUGACCAUCACGGUCCUGCACUUCACCAACAGCCUCAACUCGAUGAAGGAGACGUUUGCACGCAGCAGCGUUUCCUGUCUGACCAGCGGCGACCUGCAGAGUCUCAGCGCAGCACGCAGCGACCCCUGCUGGCAGGUGACGCAGCAGCUUCACCUGCUCAUCGAAAAGAGUUUGUCGCAGCGCCACCAGAGACUGAUCUCGUCCGCCGUCAGAGAUGAGGUGUCGCGGGUGCUGCCCUCGCUUGUGCUGGACGAAAAGGCCUCAGCUCGCCCUAAAGUCGCCGCCCAUGUAACCGGACAUGUUGUGCCCCGACUGGAGCGGGAGGAAGGGGGAGGGGGAGGGAGAGGAGGGGCACCGGCGCCGUCGGGUCGACGCAUUCAGGGUCAGAAGAUCUCAUGGUGGGAGGGUCAGAAGGGUCUGGCCUUCCUGCAGGACGUCCGGCUGGUAGACGGCGAGCUGGUGGUGUCGCAGCCCGGGCUCUACUACGUCUACGCCCAGACGUACUUCAGACACACGCAGGCGCCCGAGAGCGAGAGCGGUGAGGACGGCGAGGACCGAGGACGACCCCUGCUGCAGUACAUCUACAAGAAGGUGAGCUCAUACAGAGAUCCCUUCCUGCUGAUGAAGACGAGCCGAACCUCCUGCUGGUCCCGUGGCUCCCAGUUCUCUCUGCACUCCGCCCACCAGGGGGGACUGUUCCCUCUCAGUGUAGGCGACCGUCUGUUUGUCACGGUGACCAACGCCUCUGCAGUGGACAUGGACGAGAAGAGCAGCUUUUUUGGAGCCUUUCUCAUCAGCUAGGGGGCGCUGACGUUCUCUCACCUCUGAGACUUGAAACAGGAAGCGAUGAGUUUGUUGCCACCGAUUCUUGGACUACACUGGUGUGUGUGUGUGUGUGUGUCUGGAAGUGUGUGUAAAUAAAGGUGUCAAUAUUAUCUAAAUUUGAGUUUGAAAAAAAAAAAGUGUGGUGUCAAGGUUCAGUGGAAUGUGGAAGCCACUGCAGUGACCCCGAGACGCGGCCCAGCCGCCGCGCCGCGCCAGCUAGCACCACUGAGUCCACACACCUCAAUUAAAAGUGAAUGUAAAUAUGUUUUGUGUGUAAAUAUGUCCAAUAAAUCUUUG